UGUUUUCUUUAAAAGUUUUUACUUAUUAAUAAAGAUAAUUUGGUGUUUUGUGUUUCUCCGGUACGCUAUUGUUGUUCAGUGUUUGUUAAGUUAAUAUAAAAUACCGAGUCGGUAAAAUGCUGUGCUGAAAUUGCAUUACUCGACUAGCGUUCGAUUACAAUAAUUUACAAAGAAUGUAGGGUGUGCUGCAGGGUCGGUCACCUGGCCCGUUUUUGUAUAAGUAUAUACCGAACGCGGAAACCGACCAGCCGAAAGGGUACUGAAGCAGCCUCCACCCGUCACCCAAAGCCACCGACACCCAGUCGCUGGACCCUGCUCAGGUGCACCCCCACAAGUGCCUGAGCCACCGCAAGAUAAAUAAAUAUUGUAAUAUUUUUAUUUUGCCCGUACAGAAACUUGGAAUUUAAAAUUAGAAUUUACGGGAUGUCUUGGUUUGCUGGUCUUCUUCGACGGGAACGAACGAUGAUUUAAGAUUUACACGGUUCAGAACAACAAUUAUAUAGGCAACUACAAAAGGCCUCAGGCCGUGAAAAGGCUGUGUGAAGGUGGUGGUCACUACCACAAUGUUACGCUACAACUGUUCAUUAUCAUUAUGGGGAGGCACCCCUGCCCAAAAAAACCAUAAAAUGUCACAGAUGUCGUGGUGACCACCACAUAAGAAAAUGCCGGGAAAAAAAAAAACAGCAAUAACAAACAGAUGAGCAAAAUUUUGGAGAAGGCGGUAGUGAUUCUACUUUAACUUAGAAUCUAUUUACAUUAGUUUUCAAGUGUUGUGUGACCAAAAACCGGCAUGUAAACGAAACGUAAUAUCAAACGGCCUGUUCAAAUAUUAAAAGGUACAUAACCGUUUUGUUUCAUUCGCGCACAAUGAAAUAACUGGAGCUCGUUUCUAACUUUAAGUAAAUUGUUUCUAAGUAAUCGUUCAAUCGACAUGUUUCCAAGUCACUAUUAACUUAAGUUUUUAGUCAGUGAUUCUAUAAAAAAAAAAAAAAAUAAUAAUAUUUCUUAUAAAAUGCUGCACUCAAAAUUGCUACUGGUAAUCGUUUCGAGUUUGGUGGUGCCCGUGUGUCGAUCCGCACUAUCCGAGGAGAAUGUUACCAAAUCUCUAACUUUGAAAUGCACAUGUUUGAUGUCCGGACUGACACACGUGCGAUUGACCAUGCUGGCGAUUACAAACCCAUCGACUCCGCCGAAUUCACUUCUUAGCACAAUAAUGUGGUACAACGGCAGAGAAGUAAUAUCUGUACUGUACAAUUUGGACGGUGUGAAAAUCGGCUCGUUGUGGGCAUUGCAUUUAUACACGGCGUUGGUGAGGCGUUACUUUGACGUGGAAUCGAGUACCGAAGACCGGAGUGGCAGGUUGUACAACCUCGAGAGUAAUAUAUUCCCGAUACAUAGUUAUGUUACCGAAUUACUGUGGUCCGACUGGCACGGUACCGGUUGUUCCAAGUUCGACAUAGACGACCGGUACCGAAAAUGGCUUGAACGAAAACCGGAUGCCGAUUUGUCGGAGAUAACAGAAAUGGUAAGGGACAACAACCAUGAAUUGCAUUUGGUUUUGGACGAAAAAAUAGACUCGAUGAGCGCAGACGAGCAUCUGACGACCUUGGCGUUGGCAGAGUCGUUGAAAAUGAAAAAUCUAUUCUUGAACGACCUGGGCAAUAAUCACGACACCAGACGCGAAUUGAUGAGUUCGUACGACGUUCGAGUGAAUUGGACGGGGGCCGACCGAAUUCUCACAGAGGUCUGGGUAAAUUUAAGUGUCAUCGCGUGGACCGAAAAUAACUUUCAAAACAUCAAAUCGUACUACACGGCGUGUUUUGAUUUUUUCAAGAUCAUCUAUUUCCACCUGAUAUGGAAGGACCUGUUGUGCAUUAAAGCACUAAAACGCCAUUCGUCCAAGUAUAUCAAUUACGUACAAAAAUGUCACGAGUUACUGACAGAGUUCGGCGAGAUGUUACGCAUCGAAGACGAUACAGACAUCCAGAAAUUGGCAACAUCUAUCGACAUGGUCGCCAAACGGAAGAAAGCAAUAGAUUACGCGAUAGACGUUUUAAAUGAAAUACUGAACAGUAGCGCCAUGUCAUUAAUGUGCAAUGCCACCGAUUGGAUGACCAUAACCCAUGCAGAAGUGAGACGCGAAUGGCGAGCCGUAUUACUUGCCAAGGACGAAUUUCCCGAACUCGGUACUCAGGAAACCGCGAAGGCUUUCAUGAAUCGUCUGACAACAUUGUGUCGGGGAGUCGACUUUGGCAUCAUACGAUCGCUCAUUGUAUUCAUUGAUGAAAUCAACCAGGAGUUAAAUAAAAGUCAGUAAAAACUGCGUUGUUGUACUGCGAUGUUUGUCGUCUAGAUAUAAACAUUUUCUUAUUAUAAUAAUUCAU